GGAUUUCAAAGCCAACGCUUUUUUCUAUUUCUUUCUUUAUUAGUAAUCUCGACAUGUCAAAAGCAGAAGCAGAACAGCAUAAGGCUAAUGGCAAUAAACUUUUCUCGGAGAGACGUUUUGAAGAAGCUAUAAAAGAAUACACUUCGGCUAUUAUAAAGGAUUCCACUGUCUGCGUGUAUUAUACAAACCGUGCCUUAUGUUAUUCCAAGUUGGAAAAUUAUGAUCAAGUCAUUUCUGACUGUCGAAAGGCUAUUGAAAUUGAUGCUUCAAUGGUGAAGGCCUAUUAUUUGAUUGGACAAGCUUUGACCGAGAAAAAGCAGCACAAUGAAGCAUUGAAUAAAUUGAAAAAAGGUUAUGAAUUGGCUAUUGUACAAAAGGUCAAAUUUGUCAAUGAUAUUCUCCAGGCAUUGCUUGUAGCCAGAAAAAGAAAAUGGGAGGAUGAUGAAGCUAUUCGACUCGAAAAGGAGUCUGAAUUAUUACGCUAUGUAAAAGGAUUGAUAGAGAAGGAAAGAGCAGAGCAAUUAGCAGCUGCGGACAAAGAAGAUCAAGAGGCUGUUGAUACCAUUCAUUAUCAUAUUGAUGAGCGUUUGUCCAAAGUAGAAACAGUCUUUGUCCAAUCAAAAGAGAAUUCCUCGAGAAGAGAAAUUCCUGAGGCUUACUUGGACAAGAUUUCAUUCAAUAUCAUGCAUGAUCCUGUAUUCACACCAGACGGUAUUACCUAUGAACGUCAAUCUUUAAUAGACCACUUUCACAGAAACGGCAAUUUUGAUCCCAUCUCAAGAAAACCAUGUACUGAGCAACAGCUUAUACCCAAUCUAUCACUUCGAGAAGCAAUUGAAGACUUUUUGAAAGAUAAUGGAUGGGCUGCAGAUUAUUAAUAAAUGUACAAUGUUUGCUGA